AUGCAGGCACCGCUAAGCUUUCUGAUGAGAAUUUUCUCUUUCUCCAUCAACACGGGCUGUGUUUCAACAACAAUCUCGAUGAGGACUGGCACCAGUUUUGGAGGACAACGUAGGAACCGGACCGCAUUCAACAUUCUGCCUUUGUCGAAUGGACGACGGAUGAUGAGAGGUGGGCAGUGGUGGGAGUCAGCACGUUUCAGAUGGUUUACGUAUGAUGAUGGUGGUGUAGGAAGAAUCAGCGCGUUGGCUGUUCGACUGACAAUCAGAAGUUCGGAUGAAAUCAUGUGUGCCGACCAGAUGAUGGUGGCAUUCAACAUUCUGCCUUUGUCGAAUGGACGAAAGUAA